AUGCAAACUUUGGACGUCUAUAACAAGGAGGAAGGAAAAAUUUGGCAAAGGAAACCAUCUCCGUCUCCAGAGGAAGGGUGAGAUGGUAUUUAUCUGGUGUUUGAAUCACUCCAGCUCGGCUGCUCAAAAAUAAGUUAACUUAAGCUUUUAAAUGUUUUCGUGUCAUUUGUUCAUUUCUAGUUUAAUUGUCUCCGUAAGCCAUUCCACUACCAGUGCCUUUUCAUUACAAGGAAGGAAUAUCAGAUUCCUUCGAACAGCGUUCAAUACAACUGGUGAAGCGUUCGCCGCUGGUGAUCAUCAAGGAAACAUUUUCGUCUUCGACUUAGGGAAAAAUAGGUAAGUGAAUCGAAAUUAAAAAUCAAGUUCUAAUGAACAGCGGAAUGAACGAUCGCUAAGCUUGUAAACCUGCCCAAUGUGUUUAAAUACAAUUGUUAUCAGGUAGAAAUUACGUUAAGCGUCUGCUUCCAAUUAUGUCUUGAUUAUAAAGAUGCUACUUCAGUAUAUGUACCAAAAUUUUCUGAGAUACGCAGGCACUACCACUUCACAAAUCUUCAGAUUGUUUUGAAUACCCAAAAAAUCCCUACUUAAACUAAGCCACCUAAAAAAAUGCUCACCAAAUUUCCUACCCCAAAAAAUCCAGUAAUCGAAAAUUUCAAACCCCCAAAAAUCCUUCUAUCAUCCUCGUUACUUGAAAUAUGGAGUACAUGUACCCUUCCUGGGUAUAUACAGUGUACUCAGACACCUCUACAUAUGUAUUAAGUGGACUCUAUUAAACUUCCUGUGGGUGUCUACUUAACCCUUUAAGCCCUAAUAUCCACUUACAAAUUCUCCAUACAUUUCCUUAAAGAAUUGGUAGAGAGAUUCCUUGGUUGAUCAUUUUAUUUAAUAAUUCUCAUACCCUUUUCUCUUGAUUGUGUAUUCAAAAGAUAUUGUAAGGAGAAAAUCAAUGUUGGUCACUCUUGGGACUUCAAGGAUUAAUACUGGUUUUGCUGUGUUAUUAAAAAAAAUUGAACCACAGGAAUGAACCAGAUCUGUAAACUGCACAAACUUGAUUUAUUCACUUUCCUCCUUCAGAUUUUCUUUGAUUCACAAAACAGGAACACCAUGUACUGCCAUUUCCUUUUGUCUCCGGAGAAAAAAUGAAGUACUUGUGGCCCUUGCUGAUAACUCAUUAAGGUGCUAUGAUAUAGGUAGGUAUUGGACAGCUUACAGCACUCAUGCCAGGAAAAAGUGAAGAUCGGCUUUCUCACACACUUGUCAAUGAACCGUUGAGCAUCAAAGAGCUGUUCAUCAAGGACAGUGGGCCAGUUUCAGCUGAUGGUAAACUUGCCAACAGUUGGCUGUCAGUUCUGGUAAUCUUAGAUCUAAAAGUAAUUGUUGAUUAUUGGCCAUGUUGUCAGUUUCAAUGUACAGUGUACCUGUUUGUGAUAUUUCCGUACUUUGUUAGUUUGAGGUUGUCACACUGUCCCCCACCACCCUUCCCCCCACUUCAAAAAAAGUUCUUUCCAAACUCUUAAUUGAGCUCACUGGCUUAUAGCCAGUAAUUCUCUUUGCUAUUGUCUGCAUAAGAAUGAAUGAAUGUAAGGUCAUUUCUAUAUAUUGUUCUUGUAUGUACAGUAACACGUGACCUUUGGAGCCGAAGGGGCUUGGUUCUAUACCUGCUAUCUCCCAUUUUUUUUACUCUGUUUUCUAAAGUAUUGUUAUGACAAGGAGGAAUUUGAUACUGAUUGUUCCUAGAGCUUUUUGAGAAAGUUAUUCUCUGUUAUUUUAAAAAUGUAAGGUGUUUGCAUGCAUGAGGAAUGGUCCUUCAAAUACCAUAUUACUGGAAAUGUGCUCUGUUUUUGACUUUUUAUGAUUCUUGAAUUGGUUUAGCAAAAUUAAUUUCUUUACUAUUUCUUUCCAUUCGUAACUUCCUUAUGUGUUGAUUGUUUUUUACUAGUAAUGAAUAUUUUGUAAUCAUUGGAAGGAUUAAACAUAGGAAAUCACAGUGUGGAAAAGUGCAAAUUUUACUAUGUAAACAUCCAAUUAAAAUGUCACAAAAUAUAUGCUUUGCAUAAUUUCAAAACAGAUGGCAUUAUUAUAAAUUAUUACAGUAGUCCCAGAACCGUAUCUGUAAAAGUUUUAACUUCGCCUGUGGCCACCAAAUGAACCUUACCUCCUAUAAGGCACUUGAAGCAUGUAACAAACAGUGACAGUGCCAAUUAGACGUUGCUACACAAUGUGACUACUUUUAAGAACGAUUUUGUUUAGCGUGCACAUGAUUUUUGCACAGAGUAUUCAUUGCCAGUAAGUCUCAGGGGACUAUUUUUUAAUAUACACUGUAAUAGGAACUGUUAAGGCAAUGAGUGUAUUGAACUAGUCGUGAUACCUGCACAAUCCUAGCAAGGCUAGACCUGAGAGGCCCUUGGUUGUUCCGACAUUUGAGAUUACAUAUCCCUUCUCUGUGGGCAAGAUCAGGACUGGCUUGAAGUUGAAUGUAGAUUUGCUACUGCUAAAGUGUACAUAAUGUACUCCUGAAAAAUUAAUUAUCUGACUUUCCCCCGCUUCACAUACAGUCAACCCACUAAUAAUUAGUGGGUUGACUGAGGCGGCCAUAGAAAUUAAGUGUCCGUAUUAACAGGGUGUCUGCAUUAAGAGGGUUGAAUUUAGAGAAAAGUUAAGAGGGCUUUCUUUCCUCAGGGACAAAGCAAGCUGUCUGUAAUAAUGAGGUGUCUGUAUUAAGCAGGUGUCUGUAAAGGGGGUGUUGAUGACUGUACUUCCAGUAAGUGCUAGUUUAGUUGAAUUAAUUGGCUUUACUAUUCAUCCCAUUUUAGAGUCUCAUGAAUUAGUAAGCUGGAUGCGAGGUGAUGAAUCGUCAAUCCACAGUAUAUCAGUUCAUGCUUCAGGUCGUUAUGCACUUACGUCAUCUAACUCUGUAGCUCAACUGUGGGACCUUGAUACUUUUUCUCGCAAGAGGACACUGAAUGGAGCACAGACUGUUGGAAUCCAACAGGUCAGGAUUUACUUGUACAUGUACCAUUAAUUUGUUUUGCUUUGUUUUUAACCUGUUGCCACUUUUUUUAUUAGUGAUUUUUUUCAAUUAUUAUGUACCAUUCAUACUUGUUUAAGAUAGGAAACAGUGAUACAUGUAUCAGGUUUCUCGACAUACAAUAUAUUUGGUAGUUACCACUGAAUGCAGUUAGAAAAGCAAGGAGUGGUUGUCUGGAGAAGAGAUGCAGAGAAGGAGCAAUGCUACACAAUACCUGUAGCUGGUUUUACGGUUUGUAGGAUAGGUUCACAGGCAGACUGAUUCACUACUUUUACUGUCGCUCAACAACAAUACCAGGCUUCUUGAUGAUGAGGGGAAGUUACACUGUAACAUUCUCUAUAAUUCCUUUUUUUCUCAGGUCCUUUUCUUACCACUGAGUAACACCAUUGUCACAUGUUUCAAAGAUGAUAGUUUGUUUGUGUGGGAUUCAGAAACACUCAAGUGUAAAUUUCAGUUGCCAGUUCCACCACAGGAGAGCAAGCAGCAUCAUUACAGGGCCUUAGCAACCCCUAGGGAUGGAAGGUUGCUAGUUGCUGGGGGAAGGUGAAUCCUCUAUGAGAUUAUUUUUGCUAAUUAUUGCAUUUUGAUAGCUUAUACAUGCACUGUGUAGCUACAUGUAUUUAAAAUUUGUACAGUAGAUCUACACCUUCCAAGAACUUUUGAUCAUCCGUAGUCUCAGAACUGAAGAUACAUGUAACAUGUUCAAAUUAGUUUACAAGUUUUCACCUACUGCUAAAUUUGUUUUCAUCUUUGAAAGUACAUCUUUUCAAAGUACAGAAUAAUAUAAUGAUAAUUAGCCAGUUAUCUCCUGUUACCAUGUUUUGGUUGAGUUGUACCUGACCAUAAUUGUACAUGUUUUUUGGAAAAAAAAUCUCUUCAGAUUUUCACGUAUAUGUAUAGGAUUGAUGUAUGAAUUCAUGACUUACUUGUUUUAUGCAUGUUAGAUUUUGAAUGUAAAAAUUUUGUACAUUUGUAUAUCACCGAUGUUCUGUCAAUUUGCAUGUAAUUGUAAUCAUUAUUGAGUGUCAUUUCCAAAUCACUUGACAGAAAAUUGUAAUGAUAAAUUUUCUUUGUACAUGUAACUAUCCAGAUCUCGAUUUCUCCAUGUGUGGAGUCUAGAGAACAAGAGUCUUCUUCAUGUCAUUCAGCUUCCUGCAAAAGUGCGACUUGUAAAGCAACUAGAGUUCAUAAACAACAGCUUUGAUGGAGGCACAAGUCAGGUAAUAGAUUGCAUGUGCCACAAAUAUUAAUACAUGGUCCAUACACAUUGAAGACAGUGUGUCUAAAAUACAGGUCACUUUUCCACAGGUCAGAGUAGGGGUCAGCAUGCUACAGAUAAGUGAGCAGCAUUAAAAGUGUCUCCUAGCCCUAAUCUCUUUAACAAAAAUGCUCUAUUAGAUCCAGGGGAAUCUGUUUGGUUUGGUAAUUUAUCAAUGGAGCAGUGACCUGUACUCUUGACCUGUGUCAUGUGACCUGUACUUUAGACAGACAACAUUGAAGUCUGGUGGCAUUUCUUUGCUGGAAUUGGGUUCUAAUUCUCACCACAUGUUUCUCUUCUCCUGCAUGUCAAUGAGACUGUCAUUCUAUAAAAAGGUUUACACUGGGUUAAUGAUAAUAAUGUUCUUGUUGUUGGUGGUGGUGUUUUUGUUCACUCCAAAUACUUACAAGUCUACAACGCCUGUAACUUUUGUUAAUAUUAGCAAGGUUAAGGAUCCUGACUGUUUUACAUGUAACUGGGUAAAUACAUCUAUCAAACAGUAAAAGGCAGAGGUGAUCAUGAUUGCUAAUAAACAUAACUUGUAUCAGAUUCAAGUGAUAAAAACCUCAAUUCUUGUACCUGGAAAGUCUAGCAAGCAUAAUAUUCUAGCUGGUGAAAAAAAAUGGUUUCAAGUUGUCAUCACUGCCUUUUGCUGUCAACACUCUAGAGUGUAAUGCUUCAGUCUCUCUCGAUUGUAAUUGAACUCUUUUAUCAGACCCUAGGUGUGUUGUCUCAAGAUGGCCUCCUGCGUUUUAUUGACAUUCAUGCUUGCAAGCAACUGUUUGAAAUAGGUGGUGCUGAUGAGGUACUGUAUCCUAAUGACAAAGUUUUAAUUUGCUCUCCUUAUUUAUCUUUUUUUUAUAAUAUUAUUUGUCUUUUUUUCUGGACUUGGCUUGCUUUUCCUCUACAUUUGUAGUCCUAAUGCUGGCCCUUUAUCUUUCCUAUUUUUAUGAGCGUGAACUUCUGUCUUUUAUUCAUUUUACCCAUCACUAUUAACUGUGUCAUGUUUGCUAUUUAAUACAUGUAGCACUUCUCCCCAGCAACAAGCUAAGCUAAUUUUACAUGUACAUGUAAACAAAAAUGCACGUUGAUUUCCCCCCUUCCCAAAAUGUCUUUGAUAUCAUUCUCUUUUGGGAUGACUGUAAUACCCAGGAGAAAUUGAAAACAAUGCUUUUGAAAAUUAUUUUUUGGGUAAACAAGGUACAUUAUGGUUUACAUGUAUGUGAAAAUGGUGAAUACAAAAUAAUUAAUGAAAAUAAUGUUAAAAUCAGUGUAACCAGCCCAAAUGUACACCGCCGUUGUUUUAAAAUGUCUUUGUCUAUACAAUGUCAUGCAGAUGAUUAGUAACUUCAGCAUCAGUCCCAACGGACGGUAUGUUGCUGCUGUAAUGGACAAUGGAAACAUUAAUGUCUACAGUGUUCCUGCGUUAUCUCAACACUUUACCAAGGUAAUUUGUACAGAGCCGUGUGUGUAUUGCCGACCUAUAAAAAUUAGGGAGUUUUUGCAACGGCGACGGCGACGGCAACGGCAACGGCAACGAGAACGUCAAACAGCAAUAGGUUUAUUAAGCAAAACAACAAGUUUGCACGUGCAUCACGCUUUUUUGUACAUUUCUUUGCCGUUUCUGCACGACUACGAAGCGAAAAUGCCUAAAUUCACGUUUUAUGGAGGACGUAACAAGCGACGACGAAACUUUCUUUCUCUUUCUAAACUGGGGAGCGGUCCCCAAGAAAUCAACUCCAGCCAAAUUUGGCUACAUUAGACAUUUUCAGGAAAUUGGAUAAAAAGCGACAAAGUUUGAAAAAACGCCAAUUCAUUUUAAAAGUAACGUGUUCGCUGCCGUCGCUGUUGUCGAUGCUAAAACUCCCUAUCAUUGUAUGAUGUUCCUGGAUGCCUAUUGCAUACCUGUACCAUGUGUGCUUUUGUAACCUGAUAGAUGUAUAAGAAAGUUUAGUUCUUGAGUCGCCAUUUUUGGCACUAGGAACCAUCUUGAUACAUCGCAAACAGUAACAAAAACUUAACCACCAUCGUGCAUGCUUGACAAGUUUGACAAUCAGUGGAAUAGAAAGUGGAAUAAAAUAAGUGCAGAUAUUAGAUUGAGUUCUUGAUUUAUCUUUGCAACAGUACCAUAAUUAUCAUACAUAGUAGGACAAUGAUAAUUUUCUGGUAAGAAGAACACACGAAUCAUACUAGUUGUCCGGGACAGCUGAAUGUACAUGACUACCAGAUAACAUUUCUGCUCACAGUGUCCCAUGGACAAAAGUCCAGGCAAGUCAUCUUUAAAAAAAAAAUAAUUCACUGGCCUACUAGGCGAGGAUGUAAUAGCCUCUGGGCAAGCAAAAAUUUUUUCAAGAGCCCUGUUUUAGGGCUAGUUCAGUACUCUGUUGGACAUUACUUUCUUUGCACGCUGCAUUUUUUGACAUUCUCGUUGCCGUCUACGUUGUGACGUCUUAAAAUCUCUGAAUACGUCACGUAGAGGUAUAUGAAGUUAAUAAGUCUCGUUUAUUUUUUAUUUUUUUAGCUGUAAUUAUAUUUCACAAGAAAAAUUAUAAGUACACUGUAACAUGAUUCCAAUUUUUUAACUUUAGCAACUGACCAUCCGAUGUAAUAUCAUCCGAUGUAAUAUCACAUUACUACAUUAUUACAAUGUACAGGGUGCAAAGAAAGCAUUUACUAGCAAAGAAAGCAUUUACUAGCACUUUUUUUGAUAAGCAACAUUGUUUUUAGUUUUUUUUUUGGUGAUUUGAACGAACUUCACUUGCCCAUGGAGCAAGUUAAGAACGGAAUUCGUUAGCCCAGUAGCAAAAUCCACUAGCCCCGCGCUAUUGGCAACGCCCUUCUCUGCUGUAUUAACAUCUAGUAAAGUGAAGGUCACAGUUAUGUAUGUUGCUUCUGCUUUAUUACAGCCACCCCCACCUCUGGUAAAAACUGUCUGGGAAGAGAGACCAUCAUCUCGGCAAAGUGGCAAGUCAGGUCGAUCACUUGGAAGUAUCAUGACAAAGGUUGGAGGAACAGCAAAAAGGAGUAAGGUCAAGUCUCCAACCAAAACAACUGCUCAGCGUAUUGAUGUGUCUGCAUCUUGGACCGGUCCAGAUUCAGGAAUUGAGGUGUGGUGCCAUAAAGUUUUUUUAUUAUUAUUUCAAACUUUUAUUAAAUACUCCACAGCGUUACAAUACUGAAGUUGCCUUGCAUUGCUCAACAUUGCAUUACAAUACAUUACAAAUACAUUACAUUACAUUACACCAUGAACUUUAACACUAAAGUAACUAUACAAAAAGAAGAACGUUCGGAGUACACACGUUAUUUGGGGACAGAGUCCAAAGGCAGAGCCCACUUCUUAAUGAAUUUGUCCAUUUUAUUUGUUUUAACACACAUAGACUUUUCUCUGUUUCAUACUUAAUUUUAACCUUUGGUGAAAACUAAUAAAGGCCGUUACACGUGGAAGAGUCUGAUUUCUUCUUCAACCUUUAAGUAUAGUUAAGCGAUCAGUAUCAAAUAAUUAGGCAAAGGUCAAUUUGUAUAUAAUAAUCCUGUAGUAACGUAUGUUGCCAUAAUCAUUUCACUCCUCACGGGAGAUAUGAACUCAAUAAAUUGACCUCGCUCCCAAUGUGUGGCUUCAUAGCUCAGUUGGUAGAGCAACGCACCGGCAAAGCGGAGGUCACGGGUUCGAAUCCCGUUGAAGCCCUGAUUGUUUUUUCAGGCUUCUUCUUUCCAAUUGCUUAAAUUGGAAAAUUUACUGCGAUGAUCAUUCUUCACUUUCAAAAACAAUCAGGCAACCUUUUUAUGAAGUUUUUAUUUAAGGAGAGUUCUGAGGCAACGUUUCUUGGCCUUCUCUUUUUAAGUUUAAAACUUCACAAAGAGAAAAUCAUUUAUUGUGAGGAAGCUACAUGUACAUGUAAGAAUUAUUUGAUUUAGACUAGUGCAUAGUUUUAUGUUGUGAUUCAAUUUUAUUCUUGGUUUAAAUGAAUUUAAUCUUUAUCAAAUAUCAUCAUAUCCUCGGCUCAAACAAAGGAAAAUAUAACUUAAACACAAGUAAAAUUGAAUCACAAAAUGUUUUUCCUCGAAUCGAAAACAAUCCGAAAAAGUUCAAACCCUGUUAAGUUACAAACAGCAAGUUGAUAGUCUCAGUGUUUUACACCUAGAACUGGAAGUACUUAUAUAAAUUAAAGAGUGGUAUUGUCCCAAGUUCAAACAAAGUUACCUCUUGGACUUUGAAACAUUGUGUUAUGGCGUUAACCGUAUGCUCAUGUUUACAUGUAUACAUGAUCUCAACUGCAUUUUUUACAUACCGAACUGUUUUACACAGACUGAACUGCCAGAAGGCCUCAAUCAAACGAGACUCAAGUCAAUUCUUCAAGGUUAUGGAGAAUAUCCUGCUAAAUACAGGUACAGACAGUUAAAAGAUGACUUGAAUUGAGUUAUUGCUACGUGAUAAUAUCAUGUACAUAAAUAUUGCUAUAAUGCAACCCUUCAGUGUUGGUACUGAUGCUUUAGCAGCUGACUCAGGACAGUAAUUUUAUGGCAUUUUUUGGCAAUUUUUUCGGUGAAUUAGCAGAAAUCGGCCCCUCCAUCAGGAACCCACUUGUAGUGUAACCGUUGUUUUCACUUUUCAGGCGAGAAUUGUUUUCCUUCGCAGCCAUUCGGCUUUACAGCUAUCUCGUUGGGUCAUCUUUUUUCGAAGGAGAACUAUUAAAUUCAGAGAAACAAAGUCACGUCACCAAAUCUUGGUAUCAAGUUACUAGUAGUGACGUUUCCGAUUGAAACUGUCGCAUCUCUCAGGUUUACGAGUUACUGCAAUGUAUAGCGUACGUCGCUCGUUUUGCUUCAAUAACUUGUUAUUUGUUAAUUAAACUUUGUUUACUACUAAACAAACAGUUAGUUAACAACAGCAGUGUGCUAACUGCACUAAUUACAAUACACAAUAACGAAAAGAAAAGGGAAAAAACUUGAAAGGUGGCAACCUGGUAGGUGAGCACAAUUUUUCCUUUAAGGGACUAAUGAGAAAAUUCAGUAACGAGCAGUGCGAAGGAGAAGUUUCAAGAAUGUAAUAUAUGCUAAAUCAUGUUGAAACGAUACAGUCUUAAAAGCGAGCAGGUCAUUCAGGGAUUGGUGCAAUUACUCUUUUGCCUACGGCUUGUCGAAAAAAAAAUAAUGUUGAAGAGAGUGACUUAAGGAUACCACUUCUUUCAAAAAGAAAAAAGACUCGAGGACCUUCAACCUUCCAACCUUUCCACUAUGUGAACUAAAUUACGCCACUACUCUGGGGGAAUAACCACACAUAUUAAAAAACAAACAAACAAAAAAAAAAAAAGAAAAGAAAAAAUACAAAGAAGUGCAACUUGCUGGCAUAUAUUGUUUUUGCAGGAUGUUCAUUUGGCGGUCACUUCUUAAACUUCCCGAGAACCAUGCAGCUUACAGUAGCUUAGUAGACAAAGGAACACACACUGCUUUUGCAAGACUGCAUGAAGAAUACCCAAUAAAGAGCAGGAAACUUCUUAGAGUGCUUCAAAGGUUCGUACUGACCAUUAACAAUCUCCACAAGUCACAUACACUAUAGACUACGGCAGUCCCUAAUUUUCGUGAGAGAUUGUAGAGCAAGCAAAAUAUGCGAGCAUGCGUCAAAAUCAGCUCCCGCCAAAAGGUGAAACACUUUCCUUAGCCUGCGUUGCUGCGGGAUUUGUCACUACCUUUCAUUCCACAGGUACUGUUUUGUUUUUUUUAAGCUUGCUCCGCCAAAACAGCACUCCUUCACUCUGAUCCCGCUAGCGUAGAAAGCUGGACUUCCAUCUAUGUAUCACCUUCGUCGUGAGUUGCGUUUUACAAGCACGUGUGCGUACAUGUAUGUUGCUCGCUUUACUAUCUCUGGGAAAAAAAGAGUAAUCCCCUUAUUCGUGGUCCCUGUACAUUUUGAAUGUACCCAGCAGCAGGCAGUUUAUUGCAGUGUAAUCUGUUAUCAAUAUUACAACGAUUGAUUUUUCAAUGUCGCAGAAAAGUCACUGGUUUUGCAAAACGUAAGGAAAUUUUCUUUUCAGGUUACCCCUAAUAAAAGGCUUCGAUCAAAUGAGUACAUGUCCAUGUAAUCCCCUUACCCAAUCAAACAAGCCCCACCCAGCCUCCCAUCCCUGCUUUCAAGGAUUUGCUCUGUUUGCUGAACGAGUAAACUUUCAUUAAUGCCCAGUCUACUAACUACAGUGGAACCUCGAUAUAACGAAGGGCUAAGGGACUGGCACAAUUUGUUCGCUGUAACAAGUUUUCCGUUAUAUCGAGGGUUUUUUUUCAUAUAUUUUAAUAUUACUGGGGUAAAGAAAAUCAUUUGUAAAUGAGUAAUAACUAUUUUUUUUAAAAUUUGUUUUGUAGAACAUUAUCAGCAUUGGCCCACUGGUCUUCCAUAUUUGGUGAAGUUGAUUACCUUGCUCUUUUGUCCUUUCCAUUUGUAAAGCUGUUCCAGAACAAUCAAUUGAUCUGUUUUGAGAUGAUAGCAACGAUCCUCAGUAUGUUAUGUUAUAUCUUCUUACAGUAAUACUUUAGCCCCACACUCUGCCUCAAACUCUUGAGAUUCUUUUUUAUAGCCAGUUUUGUUGCCCACGUUAUCUUCUUUCUUUCGCAUGGAAUUGUGGCUGCUUAACGUGGCUCGAUAUAGUUUUUCAAGGUCAAUACCUCUCAAGUUUGAGCGUAAACUACGUCGCCAUAAGCAAAGAUUUGGAAAAAUCGACACCAGAGUUGUAUUAGAUAAAGAUGAAAAUUUGUUAUGAUCAGGGUUGCAAUUGCAUUGGAGUUGUCAUAGCAACGAAAUGACGCCAUUGCCUAUUUCACUUGCAGCAGUAUUUCUCGGCACUGGGAACUGUUCUUCCAAAAUCGUUUACUGGAGCUUUUUCCUACAAUAGCCGCCUCGGUGUUCGUGAAGUUUAAGCGAAAUCUGUAAGAGCGUUAUCGAGAUAUUUUGGGAAGAAGUUUUUAUGUUUAGAAAUACGGUAAAAAAUGGACAAUCUUGAUGUUCGACUGUUACCUGUACUAAACGAAGCGCUUUUGACAUGCAAUUUCACCUCAUAGUUCUUUCAAUCGUUUUAAAAACGUGUGUGAAAGAUCAUGGAGAUACCUCCAGCCGAUUGCUAGAAAGAAGGAUUUGAUUAGUAUGUAUCAAGGCGCUCUUUUUAGCGGUAAUGUAAACAUUUCGGUCUACUUUAACAAAUUAGCGAAUAAUUUUUAAACCGCUCGAUAAAUUUUUUAAAAAAUUUAAGAAUCUUGAGAUUAAUCGUCCUUUUAUAUGACCUCUUAGUUUCAAGAUUAUUGAUAUAUUGUAAGGCAGUAAAAUAAGGGCUUGAAUUCGCUAAUAUUUUGUCAAGAGUUUUGUGUUUACAAGUAAUAGCCUCUCAUUAUUCAGGGGUAUUGUCUCCAAAAUUCAUAUUUUCGUGCACAACAAUAGCUAGCAUUUUUGCAUAUGUCAAAUGCAUUGUUAGUUACUGCUGUUCACGUGAAAAUGAAACCUUGACACAAUACCCCUAAAUAAUCAGAGACUCACACUUGUAAACACAAAAUUUCUGGCAAAAUAUUAGCGAAUUGUAGCCCUUAUUCUACUACCUUACAAUACAUCAAUAAUCUUGAAACUAAGAGGUCAUAUAAAAGGACGGUUUAUCUCAAGACUCUUAAAUUUUUAAAAAAAUUCAUCGAACGGUUUAAAAAUUAUUCGCUAAUUUGUUUAAGUAGACCGAAAUGUUUACAUUACUGCUAAUAAGAGCGCCCCGAUACAUACUAAUCAAAUCCUUCUUUCUAGCAAUCGGCUGGGGGUAUCUACAUAAUCUUUCACACACGUUUUUAAAAAGAUUGAAACUACUAUGAGGUGAAAUUGCACGUCAAAAGCGCUUCGUUUAGAACAGAUAACAGUCGAACAUCAAGAUUGUCCAUUUUUUACCGUAUUUCUAACCAUAAAAACUUCUUCCCAAAAUAUCUCGAUAACACUCUUACAGAUCUCGCUUAAACUUCAUGAAUAUCGAGGCGGCUAUUUUAGGAAAAGGCUCCAGUAAACGAUUUUGGAAGAACAGUUCCUAGUGCAGAGAAAUACUGCUGCAAGUAAAAUAGGUAAUGGCGUCAUUUCGUUGCCAUGACAACUACGAUGUCAUUGCAACCCUGAUCAUAACAAGGUUUCAUCUUUAUCUAAUACAACUGUGGUGUUAAUUUUUCAAAAUCUUUGUUUAUGGCGACGUAGUUUACGCUCAAACGUGGGAGGUAUUCACUCUAAAAAACUGUAUCGAGCCACCUUAACUUUCUAGGAAAGGGACAAAUUUAGUCUACAAAGAGUAGUAGGUGAAUAGCGAAAUUGGCAGUGGAUUUUCACCAAAAUUUCACUAGUUUUUUUUGUGUGUACACGUAACUCUGUCAAGAUUGGUCAGAAUUUCCAAAAAAAAAAAAGGUUUAUGGAAAGAUCUAUCCUGGCUGAUGUUGCUGCUUACCAAGUUAAUAGCUAAAACUGAAAGCUAAAUGGGUCCAGGACUGAAAAUAUGCAUCAUUCCAAAUGGAACGAAAACGAUCAAAGAGGUUCUCAAAGGCUUUAUUUAAGAUACCUACAUAUAUGUGUCUGGUGGGUCAUAUUAUUGACACUCUACAAAGUAAUUCAGCUUGUUUUUAUGCCGAGAUUGCGUGUCUUCGUCGUUAAUUAAAACAUUGAAAGUCACCUGCGAAGGAACUGUGUUUAUUAAAUAAAUCCCCAAAGUAUUCCAUGAUCAUCUUGGUCACGGAAAACUUGAUACUUUUGAUAUUACUUUUUCACUAAUGUUCAUUUUGAUACUACUGACGGACACUCUCGUAAGCGGUCAGCUCUACUUAUAGCCGCGGCCACAAAACCCCGUUUUAACCUCCAUACACCCUCUAUUUUUACAUACCCGUGAGCAGACAUUUUCGUAAGCUUCUCCGGACACUUUCAGGGUUUACGAGUUAGUUUUUAGCGUUGUUUUUAAGCUACUUUAAGUGGACGUUCGAAUUGAAAUUUCAUUCGCCUCUGAAUGUUGUAUUUUAAUAUAUCAACCUUGAAUCACUGUUCGUCACAAUCUAUUUAUAUAAGUUUCAGUCUUUGUCUUUUUCACAAACACAUCCGGUUAUACUUCAAGACACUUGUUAGUUGUAGCCAAACGCUAAUAUCCAAACACUCUUUUUACUUUUCUAAUUUUUAUGUAUAGCUGGGCAAGCUCCCUUAAACGGAUACGAGAACCAUUCUCGUAAGCGGCCAGUUCCAGUUACAAACACCUUUUCCGCGUUCCAAGGGUGUCCGCUGACGAGAACUUCCACUUUAUUAACUGACAUUAUUUUUUUGUCGUGAAAUGAUCAAUUUUCUGCAGCAAACUGGUGCCAGCAUUGGUUUGAGUUCUUUCCCAACCCUCCUGUAAACAUACUCGGCAUGGUUGAGAAUCUGUUGGUACAUCAUGACAAGAGAAUAAUGCAACAUUUUGUCAGCUGUAACGUCACUUCACAAGUGAGUCCAUUACUUAAGGGAGUUCUCAAUUGACAUGUUGAAAGUAUAAAAAACCUUGGCAGGGUUCUCACUAAGAUUUCAGAUUGCCAGGUUAAUACAACAAGUAGGCGGGGAAUCAACUGAACAGCUAGGGAUUUCUUUUGGUUCUAUUUUUCUUCUAUUUUCCUGUGAAAGCAGUCGGGGGCCACGUUCAUAGUAGCCGGGGAAAAUCUCCGGCCCCCGGCUCUUAAUGACUGCCCUGCAGUUGGUUACACAAACCGUGGGACAAGUAAUUCCAGGUUAUCCAGGCGGCAUUUUUAUUGCUGUAUAUUUCACUCUCGAGUUUGCUUUUCUCGAUACUUCCCAGUGCACCUUUUUGGCGCGGGAAAUUUCGUAGCCACCCCACUGAUUGGUUGUUUUGUGAUGCUGCUCGCUGUGAUUGGCUGAAAGAUCUCGUACCAUCUUCUUGGCCAUUAAAAAGUAAACCAAAACUCGUCUUGACAUCAACUGAUACUCACUCGCGUUCUCCCGCCUUUUGGCGUCGGCUUAUCGGCCGCUACAUAUAGUCCCGCUUUUUUGACGCCCCUGUUGCCGUUUUCGUCGUGGUUGCUUGCAUGAAUCUGCCUUGACACGUGAUUGUUUUUGUUGUUUUACUGUACGUACCUUAAUUACCUUGUUUUUGAUAUUAACAGUAACGAAAAAACUAAUUGUUAAACGUGUUUAUGUCCAGUAUUACAUGCAAUCAUUGUUUUGUUUUCAGAUAUACGCCUGGCCGCUGUUACAGACUCUGUUAUCAGAGGUGCUUACCAAGGAUGAAUGGCUUAGAGCUUGGGAUAACAUCUUUUCCAACCAUCCGUCAUUCCUUCUAUUUGUAGUAGUAGCUUAUGUCAUCGUUUCACGUAAGGUCCUGCUUCAGUGCUCGAGGAGAGAAGAUUUCGAGGUUAGAAUGAUUUACACUCUAAUAUGACUAUGACACCGAUAAAUGCCGAAAGCGGCAGCGAAUUUUUUAUAAGGAUCAGUUGGCAAAAUCCGUCGGCACCGCUGGAAAGAGCGCCUUAAAGUUAGCAAACUGGCCAAAUUGGAAAGAGAUACGUCUUAAGUUUACUAUGCUAUCAGAGAGCUUAGCAACUGCGAUGACGACGGCAACGAUAACAAUAAAGAAAGGCUUACUGAGCAACGUAACAACUCCGUACAUGCAACACACAGCUCUUUUUGAACCAAAACUUAUAACGCAACUCUUGAAAACCUAGGAAAACUGGAAUAAUCGCAAUGAAUUGGUUUGAAAGAAAGGCAACGCUCUCUCUACAGCACUGUUGUUGUUGUUUCACGUGAUGAGCGAAGCAAGCUCCGCGAGGGGCGCUCUUGCGUGCCGCUCUCAUUUGACUUCUUACUGGACCAUAUCCCCUCAAAUGGAGAGCUUGCUUUCAGGAUAAGCGCAAUGCAAGCGCAGUAUAGGAAGUGCAAAGCGCGGGAAAAAGCAUGGUCAAAAGCAACAAACGUAAGUGUUUAAUUAGUUAAGACAGAUAUGCAAGAUUUAGUAGCCAAUCACAAAGCAGGGCAGUGCGUUACAUGGCCACAGCCGCGUCGGAGAACACCGCCUUAUGUAUCCAAACAUUAAUUUUUUUCAACACAUUUUUUUCCCUCUAGUAUUUCUUUCAUAACCGGAAUGCAGUUGACGUUGGCACAGUAAUACGUGAAGCUUAUCGUUUACAAGAGAGCACUCCAGCAGAAGUGAACCCAAAGAGAAUGCUUGAGCCUUUCACUCCACUCACCAAAGGGCAGUACCCCAUCUUUAAUAAAUACCCCAAGUUUAUUGUGGAUUAUCAGGUGAGCUGUUGACCGUCAUUGAAUUACUGCACUUUAAGUUCAACUGAAAGUUGCUGGAAGUGAACAUUUAACUUAACUACAAGGGCAUUUUUUUGGUCUCUAAAUGUUUCGUCGGCAAAUGUUAUUUUGGUGUUCAUUGUUACUUUUGUCGGCAGGUCCAAGAAAGGGAACGUAUUCGCCAGGAGGAGCUCGAAUAUUUGAGGCAGCGGUAUGUAAUGUCUUAUGUGGAGACAAACGUCGAUUACGAAGAUACACAGUGUUGGGUUUAUUAAAAAAUCUGGGGUCUGUUUUAAUUAAACUUUUACAAGUGUAGCUAUUGUUUUCAGACUCUUUUUUCGACCUGCUUCCAGAUGGCUUGUUAGCUCAAUUGGUAAGAGCGCUGCGCCGCUAUCGCAGAGGUCAAGGGUUCGAAUCCUGAACAAGCCUAAUUUUUUUAGGCCUUUUUUCGCAACUGCAAAAGUUGCGUCUAUAACUGCGAUGAUCUUCUUUCAUAUAAUGGCUGCACUUGUAAAGUUUUUAUUAAAUUGACCCCAGAUGUCUAAUAAUUGUGCCAUAAAAUAGCCCAUUUCCGAGAUACCCCAAGCCUCUGUUUCAAAGCGAGGCUAAGAGCGAAGUUAUUGAUUUGAAAGUGAUUUCUUAUUUUCAUGCAAAUAAAUUCAUUUUCACAAGAAAGGUCUUCCACUUAGCCUUGUUUUGAAAGUGGAACUCGGAAAUGGCCUAUUCAAUGUUUUCAAGCGUUUCGGGUUAGUGCUAGCCGUGUGAUUGUUCGCAUCUUCCCUUUUUCUCCGCGCUGGUUAAAACCACCCAGAGAUAAACUAGUUAUCUUACUACCUUCCUUUUGUUGGUCCGUUCUGUAAAUCGUGGAACCUCGUUUUCCCUUUCGGAUUUUUGGCUUAAAGUGCCAAGAAAAAACGGGCCAAAAAGUGUCGGUCCGUAACUCUCGAAGUCGGUUUGUCGUUACUCUCGGCCAGUGCUAUCGCAAAGAGAGUGGAGGUGCCGAAGAAACACACAUAAAAAGCAAACGUCUCUAAUUGUUUUGACCACCGUAGAGCUGUAUUAUUUCGAGAGGUCACUGGUGUUCUUUUCGGAUUCCUUUUCUUCAUCUUUAUUUGCAUCAUUGUCGUAAGCUUUGAUUUGUGUUUGGCAGACAACUGGCGCAGGAGAUGAAGGAGGUGGCCUCUCAGCGCCAGCAGGAAGAGGAAGCCUUCUACCGACAGCAGGAACUCAUGGUAGACGCUGAAAACCAGAGGAGGAGAAUGAUAAGUCAGGAGGAACAGAAGCUCAGCGAUCAGAGAAGCAGGUUUGUUUCGGUAAAAGUUUUUUGUUACAUCGUUGUCAUUCAUGCGCUUGGCGUUUGUCAAUGAAUUUCUAGCUUGAGGCGACUGCCUCGGUGAAACAGACUGUUCUCCCCUUGGUUUGUUUUAAAAAGGAAUAUCCACACUGUCAUCGUCAAAUUGAUUCUAGCUCGUUACUACAUGAGAAAUUUCUGCAAUUUGAUUGGCUUAGAGCAGUGGUACUUCAGCUUAAUUUGAAAUACCUACAUGUGAAAAAUACAAACCUUUUGGGGAUAGUAGUAUAAACAAAUAAUAGCAUGAUUUGUACGUGAUAUUUGGCAUAAAUGCCACUCGUGAUAUUUCAAAAUUGCCUUAACUCGCCUAACGGCUCGUGAAAUUACGUAUAACAAUUUCGAAAUAUCACUCGUGGUAUUUAUGCCAAAUAUCACUACUUUUCAAGCUAUUACCUAUUCAAAUAAGAAUACUUUUUUCUUAGAAGUGGGAAAAAAUUGGAAUUAAGAAAUUGAAUAGGGUCAUAAGGCUCGGUCAACUGCAAUUGGAAGAGAUACUUUAGCGUGGCUUUUUACUACCCAUAAAGGUAGGUAUAGGCAAAGGCUACUCCAAAAGACAAUGCCUUCCACUCCUUUAACGGUCCUGUGCGGCGAUACCUUUAAGCAUUUGAUGCAGUCAUUGAAAUUUAGUUUGGAAUGGUAGGGGUAAAUGGUAAAUAGCCCUUUUUUUACCUCACUUUCUUUUUUAUUUUAGACUGCAAGCAAUGAAGCGAGAAAUUCACCUGCGUGAGCUGCAACUGCUGGACGCUGUUCGCAGGCGCUUCAUGCAUCAUCAACAGACCCUGAAAGAGACGGAGCUCCAGCGACUUGAUGAUGAGAUAGAACGCAAGGUCGGUCUGUCUGUAUACAAUAGUGUAUAGUGUUCAAUAGUGAUUCACGGUAUUUUAGUGUUCCUUGCAAAAAGACGCACGCGCGCAUAUUGAUAUGUAAAGGAAACAAUACAUUUCGCCACUUCUUACCAACAGCAAGUUGGAUUUUAUCGUUUCUCCACUUUAGUUCUAGCCCCUCACGUUAAUCACUUUUUCAACUGACAUGAACCGCAGCCGAGUUUGAUAACCGCGUGUUGCCGUCCAAAGUUUGAUUCUUUUCCCUCUGUCUCUAACAUAACGUUUUUGAGUCGAGUCGCGGAACGUAUACGAACAUAAGCAAUGCUCAUUUUCAAACUACAGCAAUGAAACAAGAUCCAUAUCCGCUCUUUUGCCUUAAAGUACGUCAAAAUAAGUAGCAGAAGACUUCCUUCACUUAAUUUGUAUAAAGUCGGGAACCUCACUACAACGACCUGCAAGUUUGGGACAGGCAUAUUGGGCCGUUGCAGGAGGGUGGCCAUUUUAAGGAAGUUGCAUGUAACGGGACGCCCUGCCAAUAGAGCCUUUCUUUCGCAGCUUGCUUGAUUUCGGGGUACUUGAGAGAGACUCUACUAAAAUCGAAUAAGAUCUUUGUUAAGCAUGCGCUACAUGUGGCUAGGAUGCAGUUUCGUACUCAGGCCUAAUAGCUUGGCGCUUGGUUCAGCGGGCUCAGUUUUUUGUUAUGACCAUCGGUUUAUGAAUAGAGAGUUUAAACAUUACGUAUACGGCAAACGGGAAACGUCAGAUUCAAGUUGAGAAUGUCUCAAAAUAGAAAAUGAGCAGAUAAAAACAGCUCAAAACAAUUCUUAUGGAUAAAAAACUGCGUGAAACUACUAAUUUAUCUGUUAAAAUAAUAAGCAGUAAACGACAAGUAAAGGGAAACUUGGUCACGUGGUACAAAUUCGCGUUUGCCGUUAGGCAUGAACGUGAUGCUUAACCUCUCUAAUACACGGAUGCUCGCACUCUAAAAACCAGUUUGACGGGGAAAAAAAACAAGAUUGACUAGUCCAAAAGUUCGGGCUGCGGCGACCUCAAAGGUUUGACGCUAUUCUGGCAGAAUGUUUAUUUGAAAUGGAGCUCAGUUUAGAGGCCAUCAUUGGGGAGCUUUAGCAAGGACGACAGCGACGGCAACGAGAACUUGAGAAAAGCCGGAUAGGUUUGAUAAGCAACAGGCAAAAAAACAAGUUCGCACGUGCAGCACGCCGUUUGUAACAUUUCUUUGCCAUCUAUGCAUGACCAUGGGGAGGAAUUUCCUCAUGCGACGUCGCAUGGAGGACGUAUAUGUUGCAGUUAAUUUGUUAUUUCAAUAAUUUUUGUUUUUCCUUUGUUUUAAAUUCAUUAGCAUACAAAAACAUACUCAGAAACAAUGGGAAAAUAACAAUUAAUUGAAAUAAAAAAUUAACUACAACAUCUACACACGAUCACGAAUAUUUCUUCUACUCUCUGAAAUUUCUGUCUAAGAGUCUCUGUGGUCAUGGUUUAACGUCACGAUCCUCAUCUGUACUUUGUGUUAUUUAUAGGCUUUGCUAAGAGAGCAAGAAACGAGGCAUGCUAUUGAAGAUGCAGAGAUUAAAGGACUGGAGCUUCAGGCACAGAAAGAGAUGCUUCAGCAGGUUAGUGAGAUGAUAUAUCACUGAUCAGAUAUUUGUUUAAAUUUUAGGUGAUCUGAUGUGAUUUGCAUCUAAUUAAGUUAUCAUAAUGUAACUACUUGAUCAGAUGGAUAGGUAAUGGGAAUAAAUGAAAUCACCUGCGAUAAAAUUUCUUGAUUGUUUUACAAAUUCUCCUCAUUAGCCAGAAGUAAUGAGUGACUGCCAUAAGUAAUGUGUGAAUAAGAUGCAUGUUCAUAUUAGUGCUUGAGGGGUUCACAUCGGUUUUCUGCCGACUUCUUAGCCUAAGUAGCUGCUGUUGCAGGGCGGUGAAGGCAACUUCAUUCGCGGCGAAGAUGGCGAGGAGUAAAGGAGAAACCUAAUUCCGUCCUUCGGGCUCAUGCGCAUGUCACCGGCUUCCCCCAGCGUUAGGACCCCGGGCCAACCAGGGGAUAAUCAUUGUAGUCUGCGUAGCUGGCUCAAUUUUUCGCGCGCAACUGUUAACAAAGACCACAAAAUUUUGUAUUCUCCUUUAAAUUUUCUUUGAAGUUUGAACAAAAUGUCCACAGGGGCAGAGAAACCAAACCAUCCCCUUGUUUCCCCGCAACAUCCCCCUGGGGUCCUACCCCAGGGGAAGCCGAUAACAUGUGCAUGGCUUCCCCGAGCUGUAUCGAGUUUGCCAGCUACGGAGGCUCUAAAACGUUUACCAUAUUCUAUUAAGCCAAGGUUGUGCCUCUGUUUUAUUUCACGUAGGACCUGAUACGUGAUGAACUACAGUCCUCGUUUAAGCAGCGAGCAGAGCAAACGGUCCAUAGAAAACAACAAGAGUUGGAAGGUCAGCUAUUUAAACGAACCAUGGACGCUGUCCAGGAGGUCGACAUUGAUUCGCAAAGGGUAAAGAUACAUCUAACUCGUUCUGCAAUGUUAAGUCCCAUUAAGGUAGAGGGAAGCAGAGAAAAAUUUCGAAAACUUCUUUUGGUAGGAUUUUGGAGCAGCUAGGAUGGCAGGCAUAACAGAAUAUUGUAUGCCAGAAUGGGCUGCCGGUUUGAAAACGUUGUACGUUGUACUUGAUUCAUCUAGAGUUGAUUUCUAUUUGCUCUUUUUUGCGGAAUAACGACAAUGAAUGCGCCCUUAUUCUUCUUGAGAGACUGCCUGCUAUUUGUCCAAUCUUGCGCAUUUAAGCUUUUUUUUGUUAGUUAGUUUUAUGGGUCGAGUUCAAAUGUUACCUUCCCUUUGAACGCAGGGACAGGUGAAUUUCCAGUUAACAAACAGAAAGCCACACUUUUAAAACGUAUUUUUUAUAACCAUAAAAGGCUGUAAUAAUGGCCCAUUGGAUAGACCCCGAGUUUUUUUGACCUUGGGGCUUUUGUUUUCCCUUUCAGACCGCGGAGAAACGUCUAACUCUCAUAUGUUUGCUUUAGGCCUCUUCCACACGCAUCCGAAAUUUUUGAAUCCGCAACUGUUCCUUUCCAGAUUAAAACAUUUCCACGUCCACGCGUAUCCGCAUUCAAAUCGAAUUUGCCCAUCCACACGUAUCCGACACGUAUCCGGACUCACUCUAGUACCCAGGACUCCUCUGGAAAUAUUGGCAAUAGAGCAUGCUUCGUAAAGCGUGUGAAAUUUGCAUCUUGCUCUGCCUUGAGAGAACCUGGGAACGAGGUUGCUUUCUUGAAUACAGUAUUCACGGUAAAGAACUGGGCUCGUUCUCGUUACGUCGCCGGAUAAAAAAAUAUCCGGAUUUAGCGUCCACACGAUUCCCGAUUUGUGGCGUAUUCAAAAAUUUCCACUCUGGAGAGUGGAUUCCAAAAGUUACGGAUUCGUAUGCCGGAUUCACCGGAUACGUGUGGACGGAAACAUAAUCCGCAAAGAAAAAAAAUCCGGAUUCAAAAAUAUCCGGAUACGUGUGGACGGGGCUUCAAUUUCUCCGACGCUCGUAGAUAUUCAUUUUCGCAAGUACCAUAUUUGGAACGAGAAGAAAAGAUAACUGACCAAUCAAACUUUGUAAACGACGUAACGAAAUUGUACUCCACGUUCCCGCGCCCGCCCCAAAAAAUUGGGAUCUUAAGCAACAAUGACGGCGACGUUCAGUCCGUCAAAUGUCAGCAACUUUUUCUGAGUUGAAUUUUAAAGACUGUAUCGAAGUUCAGGAAAAGAAAAAAAAAAGUCGUUGUCUUCUGUUUUUGCCCUCCACAAACGUGAAACUAGGCACUUUUACGCCGUAGUCGUGCGGUGGCGGCAAAGAAAUGUUCCAAAACGCGCGAUGCACGUGCAAUGUUGUUGUUAAACCUAUUGCUUUUUUGAGGCCGCAGCGAGGGUUUCCAAAUAUGGUACUAAGAAAAAUGAAUAUUCACGAGCAUUGAACGCGAGGUACGCGUUUCGACACCUCAUGAGUUUUUGGACCGCGCGAUGUUCUCAAGUGAAUUUCUCUUCGUCUCUCUAUAAAAUCUGCAUUUGAAUAGUCUGAAAUUUGAAAGAAAUGGUUCUCUAGAGUAACUGCGGGAUUCAGAAACGAGUUAGCAAAUAACCUACGGCAAGAAGGUCUGUACCAGAGUUAAUGAUGAUUUAUUUUCAAUCAGAUUUCCCAGCAGGAGUUAGCCAAAGCUCAACAGACACACGCUGAUGUCAACAUGGAGACGGAAGUUGGAUUCAGAACCAGAAUGGACGAUCUUCAUCGAGAGCUUAGUGAAGUUAGGGUGAGUGUUAAAUACCGAAGAACAACAACAGCAACAACAAACAACAAGAAACGUCACUCAAAUCAGUGAAAAAAUACUAAUACAAAAUUUUAAAAAAAGUGCCCCCUUUAAUUUUUGCGUAUAGGCAUUUUCUGUCUUUAAGGAACUUAUUUUUCGUAUACGUAACUGGUGGGUUUUUACUAUUGGGCAUUUUUUGUUUUGCGAUUUUCACCAAAUUGCGUACAACGACUUGCGUUUAUCUGAGUACAGUUUGCAGUCAAAAUCAUGUCUUUUUUUCCGUCUUGGCGUGUAGCCUUUUUCAGGCGUUCAGAUAGUGCUGCUCAAUUCUUUUUGCUCCCUCCCCACAGUCUGAACGCCUGCAACAGACUAGUAGACAGGAGUUCGCGCUGAUAUUUGACUUGGUCUCCAGAGCCGUUAACUCCCCUCUGAUCAGUAUUGUUGGUUUGCACGUGACGUCACGGCGGCCAUGUUGGCGGUCAAGAACAAGAGUAUUUCUCUCCUAUGGGAAUUAAACUCUAUUUUCAUAUUAUUUCUUGGAGAAAAAAUUACAUUGUUUUGACUGCCAACAUGGCACGUGGCUGCAAACCGAGAAUAUAAAUGGCGACUCUAGGGGAAAUGGUGAAGUAUGAGCAGGGCUUUUAUUGCUCUAGCUUGCUUUAAGCAAGGUUAAAUUAAUCAAUGGUAAGAGGUUAUUUUAAAUGCACAAAAUUUCCUUGCAAGUUUAUUUUGGGUAAGAAUUUGUCUGUAGCUGCCCUUUUCGAGUAUUGCUUCCAAGAACAUAAACAGUUGGCUAACAUAAAUUCGUGGCUUUGUAGGCCUUACCUGCAUUCGAACAACUGGUUGAAGGCUAUUUUAAAAAAAGCCGCGGUUUCGUCUCAUCCUUGGUGUAAAAACCUGCGAAACUCACGAGUGACGUAAAACAAUGAAUACCAAGAAGCCACUGAGAAGUCAACACAAUAGAUCCAAGGACAAUAAUAGCUAGAAAACAAAGAAAAACUUCACAGGUUUUUAUACUACUACAUGAAAAAUUACUGCAAUUUGAUUGGCUUAGAGCAGUGGUAUUUCAGCUUAAUUUGAAAUACCUACAUGUGAAAAUUACAAACCUUUUGCGGGUAGUAGUAUAAACAAAUAAUAGCUUGAUUUUUACGUGAUAUUUGGCAUAAAUACCACUCGUAAUAUUUCAAAAUUCUCUCAAAUUUCACUCGCCUAACGGCUCGUGAAAUUACGUAUAACAAUUUCGAAACAUCACUUGUGAUAUUUAUGCCAAAUAUCACUACAAAUCAUGCUAUUACUUAUACUAACACCGAGGUAAACCCGCGGUUUCUCUGUGGAGAGCGAGUGAGAUUUUUUUUCAACCUACAUGCUUCAAGUUAUUUAUUAAUUGUUUGUUUGUUUAUGUUACCUCAGGUUGCUCAGCAAGUUUUGGAGAACAAGGAAAGAGAGAACGAAAUUCAAUCACUUGUUCAUGAGCUGCGGAAUAAAGAGGUGGGUAGUCAAACAGUGCUCGUUCCUACAUUCGAUUGAAUUAUUUUUCAUUGACUUGCUGCUUAGUGGAGCUAAUUCGCACGAUAAAUCUAUCUUAAUUUAGGUCACGUGUUUCAUCGAUUACCUAGCCUGAGUACCAGAUAUCCCUUAGGGGUUAGGGAAGGGAGAUUUAAGCGGCGGGAGCGUGGGGAAGAGAAGCUGUUUCCCUUUGUCGCUUCUUUCUUCUCCUUUCUACCCAGAAGCGUCUGAUACUCAUGCAGGCUAUCGUAAAAUCCCUUGUAGAAUGACACAGUCGCCGCCAAACAGUCUGAGCUGAGACAGCAGAAAGCUCUAACUGCUGAAGAGGACAGGAGGCGCAUGAAUCUACUGAACGCUUUACAGCGGGAUUACACCACAACAAGUGAUGAUUCAGAGUCAUUCUGUAAGUGCAGCUAGCUAAGCGUGCAGUUAGUUAAAGGUACCCCUGCACGCGUUAUGCUGGCAAUCAGCUUGCCAGUCUAUCGCAUUAAUCAAUUGUAACACUGGCUUUUAAGUGUCAUAGUUUCCUUUUAUACGCAAUCCAAAUCUUAGGCUUUAUCAGACACGUCGCACUUACAUACUACAAAGUUGUAUCGUAAGGGGCGGCCUUAUGGGCAAACUUGGAUAGACUAUUUUCGAAUCCCCCGCCGUACACUCACACUCUUUUUGCAGCCCAAAUUUUGCAUUAGUUUUCAAAUGCUUUUGGGAAUAUGCAGUCCUGCCAAGAGCAUAUGAAACCAAUAGUUUUUGCAAAAUUUGGGGGGAGGGGGGUCACUUGCAGGCCCACAGAUAAGACACUCGUCGACGUUUUGAAAAUAGUUUGCUACUGUAUUUCACACCCAUAACGUGAAACAACGGGCGAAGAAGUGGCUAGCUACUAACGGAGGGCAGUUAUUUCUAAUAGCCCUGAAUGUCUUGGAUUAUCAUACAUUUCUGGGAAACUGCGCACCUACCCCUCCCCUAAGUCAACAUUUUGCCCGAAGUUAAAAAGUAAGUGUUAAUGUUGUCUUAGGGGAGGGGUAGGUGGGCAGUUUCCUAGAAACGUAUAAUGAUCCAAUGUCUUUAACCUAGCUCGCCUGAGGGACAUUCGUCAAGUUCCUAUGGAGCCUAGGAGACCUUUAAGUGCUAUCCAACCCAGUAACACGGACAGUAGCUCAACUACGGACUGGGACGAGACGAGUGGAACUCCGAUCAGUUCUCAAGGUGAGUACUAGUUAUAAGUAACGUGCAAUGGAAAUUUUUAGAACUCCUAACGUCGCCAAAUCUUUUUAUAUUGGAUUAAAAAACCUUAAGGUAAAAAACUGAAGAAAUACGGAAUCGCGAAUUGCGAAUUGGCGCAUCGUUCAACCUGUAUUUACUGUAACGUUUAGAGACUUCAGACAAAGCGAGUAAAAUCGUUAUUUAUGAUGCAAAUCGGUCGUACAUAACUUUGGAAACAAAGAGGUGUAGUACAUGUAGUAAAGUAUUUUUGCAAAGCCAUCCUUUUAGGACUAAAAUUCUUUAAGUGUUUCUCUUGUGCUUUUAAUUGGUAAGCUCAAGUGUUGAUCUUUUCGUAACGAAACGUUUUAUCCUCGCUUUGGUCUUUCAGAACCGUCGGUUGCACGCCAGCGGGAAACGUUUGAAAAGCGUGAACUUGAACUUAUGGCCGAGGUCCGAGAUCUUAGAAAGCGACUAGCAGCCAGAAGACAGCAACGAGCACCGGACUUUGUAGGACAUAACCAACAAUGA